AUGAGCGACCAAACCCUAACCCUAACUAAACGCUACUCCUUUCAAUUAUGUCAGCUGCAAAAACCACAACACCAACACCGUACCCGCCAACCUAGUCAUCCUCUGUUCUCCGUCACCUUCACUGUCAACUAUGAAGUAGAGUAUCUUCCUUUCUACUACCAUAUGAACCUAAAAUCCGAUAAGAAACCUCCUUUCAGUCUACCACGUUGUCUUCUUUUGGACCAAGAUAAAGUAAAGAACACCAUGUUUGCCCUCCUCUCCCAAGCCCUAAUACCCGAACCUGAAAUGGAAUCUAUUAUAAAAAUCGUUUCCGUCAAAGCAAAGUCCGUAGCCAGCGAUCCUUGCAACGAUGGCUUUGAUGUUAUACCCAUUAUCAUGUCUCUUAGGGUUGUUUGGGUGCAAGAAUAUAAUCUCGACGUGCAACUAGCAUGGGAAAGACUGUUGCCUGGCGGCGCAGUAAUAUCCCUGAAUCUGCCGGCGACGGAGAAGUCUGUUAGAGAGUUGGAUAGGAUGGUUUUUGAGGGAGAAGGUUGUUUUUGGCCGUGUAAGGCGGGGGAAGAGAAGGACUUCAUGUGUGCGAUUUGUUUGAAAGAAUUUGAAGGUGGAGAAGAGAUUAGGAGAAUGCCGUGCUUGCAUGUUUAUCAUGGAGAUUGUAUUGUUAGGUGGCUUAAGAAUAGCCAUUUGUGUCCGUCGUGCCGGUUUCCGAUGCCUGUUUGUAAGGUAGUCGACGGAACGUUCUCUUUUCUACGACGGAAACACUGUGUACGGCCGGUGGCGGUGGGUGGUAAAAUAAGAAAGGGGGCUCGCAUGUCUGUUAGGCAGGUUUACUGA